UGGGCUCAAUGCUAACCAAUGGGUUAGCACAGCCGCGGAGGCCAGAAUUUCUCUGAUGAUCCUCACCGCAAAACAUCAUGAUGGAUUCUGCCUGUGGCCUUCUAAAUACACAAAACAUUCUGUAGCGGCCAGUCCGUGGAAGAACGGCAGCGGAGACGUCGUGCGGGAGUUUGUUAAUGCGGUGAAGGCCCACAACGGCAUCGAUGCGGGGUUGUAUUUAUCUCCAUGGGACCGCCAUGACCCCAGAUACGGAGAUAAUUUGAAGUAUAAUGAGUACUACUUGGCUCAAUUGCAAGAACUACUCCACAACUAUGGGAAUGUGAGGGAGAUAUGGUUUGAUGGAGCAAAGGGCGCAGAUGCACCAAACAUGACAUACUACUUCUCGGAUUGGUUUGCCAUGGUUAAAGAGUUGCAGAGCUCAAUCAACAUAUUCUCAGACGCCGGCCCAGACGUAAGAUGGGUAGGGAACGAGAAGGGAUUCGCCAAUACCACAUGCUGGUCCACCAUCAACAAGACGUCUCUCUCAAUUGGAAAUGCAAGCAUUGUUGGGUAAGAAAUGCAGAAACAUUUUUCUAAAGCCAAACCAAACACUUGCCCCUUUUUUCUCCCUUUACUUCCCCAUACUUGGAACUAGCUGUAGUGCAAGUAAAGUAUAAUAUGUAGU